AAGCCCUCAGCUCUCUUGACGAUUUCUGGUGACGAACCACGAACCUCGACUCUCUGUUGUUCUGGGAUUAUCGUCGGCGGAUAGUUAGCAACCAUGGGCGGACUCAUACCUCUGAUGCUCGCCUCGGGCUCACACACCACGAGUUCACGCACGAGUUUACGCACGAGCUAUAUCGCCCCGUCCCCCUCUCAGCCGUCUUUCCGGCGGCAGUCAACUGGAGGCGCGGCCUUUUCGACGAGCCCAACAACGCCAACCUAUGCAGCGAGGCCAAAGCCACCGAAGCGCUUGUCACUUCCCACGCCCGCGGCUAUCCCGGUGUUGCCGUACACGAAGGCAGAAUGGAGGAAGACGAUUGCCGAAGUCAAGAGGAAGUACUUCGGCAAGAGAUAUCGCGCAUGCUCGGCAAGAUGUAUCGAAGUCCUCGAGGGCAUCAAGGACACCUCCCAGGUUGAGCCGGUAUACCUGAUCUACCUCCACUUCUACGCGGCGACGUCCUUGGAAAUCUGCGCCCGUCCGCUGCCAUCCACAGCCCCUUUACGGGCCACCCUCCUCCAGCAAGCCCGCACACACUUCGAACGGGCCUCGGUCCUCAUCAACGCUGCCGAGGAGUCCGUCCUUAGGAAAUUCCGCCCCGGCUCGGUCGGCUCAUCCCGCGGUUCCAGCUGCCACUCGCCCUCCAGCUCCAUCAGCUCCUCGCGCGCCUGGACCCCAGACACCGUCGUAUCCUCCCCGACCGACUCGGUCUACUCCAUGGAUGACCAAAUCCCGAAACCCCCGCAAUCCCCGCCUCGACGCAGCAAAAAGGUCUCCUUCUCCCUCCCCAAAGAUGCCCCCUUCCAAAUCCCCACCUCGGAGCCCAUCAUCCGCCCGGACUCGCCCACCCUCGGCUUCGACGACGGCUUCUACCACUCCAGCAUAGCGUCACCCACACCACCAGAAGACCUCCACCCCCCCGCGCCCUUCAAAUUCCAAGAGAUCGAACUUCCUUUACCCACAAUACUAGAACAGACACUGGAAGAGGAAGAAGAAGAAGAAAGGACCGAGGACAGCGACGAGUACUACGACCCCAAAGCCGCCUACCAGGUCGCGCGCUCCGUCGACCGCUGCUGCGAGCACCUCGCCCACCUGCGCGCCCAGCUGGCGCGCCACUCCACCAGCCUCGACCAGCUCCUGCUCGCCCAAUCACGCCCUUCACCCAACGCCAGCAACGCCAACGACCCGGCGAAAGCAACGACCGCCGCCGAGAAGACGCCAAGGGGCAGCGAGGCGCGCGCGCAGGACCGCCAGGCCCGCGUCGAGCGCCUGCGCAAGACGGGCUGGCAGCGCAGGCGCUUCGAUGCCGCGCCGUACGAGGCGCUGUGCGAGGCUGUCUUGGCCGAGAUGGCGUGAUCCCGGCGAGCUGGCUGAUCGUGCUUGUUUUUUUGCGGUUGGGGUGGGAGGCUGUUUAUGAGUUUAUGAGGGCGUUUUUUUAUUGUUGUUGUGCGUGGCGUGGCGUAUUGGAGGUGUUUGCCUACCCCCCUGCCUGCCUGUCUGCCUGCCUACUGGAUGGUGGGGGGGGCUGUGGGUG